GGCAACUCUGUGUGCAGGAAGAAGAAGAAGACACGUGCAUUCUUUUAGCCAAUUUUUUCAAGACGUAAAGUUGACGUCUGAAAAAAAUGGUGCGGCCCAACAAUCAACUGCCGGAGAAUCUGCCGCAGCUGCAGAAUCUAAUCAAACGUGAUCCCGAAUCUUACAGCGAUGAGUUUCACACGCAAUACGAGCAUUUUCUCAGUCUGCUCGAGAUCUUCUCCCUGAAUCCGAGCGAGGAAAACAAAUCGUUGGACGAGAUUUGCAUGUUUAUUGCCCAGGUGGCCCAAUGCUAUCCGCACGUCUGCCAGCAGUUCCCCAAGCACCUGACCGACCUUCUGCGGAACAGUGCCACCGUUCUGGACCCCGCAAUGCGCAACUGUUUCGUCAAAGCGUUGAUUCUGCUGCGCAAUAAGAAUCUGGUGCCUGCUUUGGACAUAUUGGAGCUGUUUUUCCAGCUGUUGCGCUGCCAGGACAAGAAUCUGCGCACCUUCCUGCAGACGCACAUUGUCACUGACAUCAAGAACAUGAACGCCAAGCACAAGGACAUGAAACUCAAUUCGAGUCUGCAGAACUUUAUGUACGGCAUGCUGAAGGACGCGAAUCCAAAGGCUGCCAAAAUGUCCGUGGACAUUAUGAUUGAUCUAUACAAGAAGAACAUCUGGAACGAUGCCAAGACGGUCAACGUCAUCGCCAGCGUUGGCUGCUUCUCGCCCAUAACCAAAGUGCUCGUCACAUCGCUAAAAUUCUUUUUGGGCCACGACGAUGAGGAUGAGGCCAACUCGGAUUCGGGCAGCGACAACGAGGUGGAUCUGAAGGGUGCCCUCAUGCAGAAUCGGGUGAACAAGAAGACCAAGAAGCGUCAGAAGCAACUGCAGCAGAUCAAGAAACAGGCCAUCAAGGCACAAAAGAAAAAGAAAAAUGCGCCCGUCUUCAAUUUCUCCGGCAUACAUCUAAUCCACAAUCCGCAGGGCAUGGCUGAGGGUCUGUUCAAGCAGCUGCAAGGCACCAAUGAUCGAUUCGAGGUUAAGCUAAUGCAUCUAGACGUCAUCUCCCGCCUGAUUGGCAUCCACGAGCUCUUCCUCUUCGGCUACUAUCCAUAUAUCACCCGAUUCAUGCAGCCGCAUCAGCGCCAGGUGACGCGAGUCCUCCAGUUUGCGGCGCAGGCAUCCCACGAACUUGUGCCCGGUGAUAUUAUCGAGCCCAUUUUGAAAACGAUUGCGAAUAAUUUCAUCACAGAACGCAACUCUAGCGAUGUGAUGGCGAUGGGCUUGAAUGCAUCGCGUGAGAUUUGCAUGCGUUGCCCCCUGGCGAUGGGAGAGGAUCUGCUGCAGGAUCUGGCUAUGUAUAAGACGUACAAGGAGAAAUCUGUUAUGAUGGCCGCACGCUCCUUGAUCACUCUGUAUCGGGAACAGCUGCCGGCGCUGCUCCACAAAAAGGAUCGGGGACGACAGACGGAGGCGCAGGCGGAGCGCAAAGUUCGGGCAUAUGGUGAACGUGAUGUCCAGGAUACGGUGCAGGGUGCUGAGGCGCUGCUCAAGGACUCCAAAAUGAUUGAUUUGGGUAGCGAUGACGAUGACACCGAUUCCAAUGAUGGGGAGUGGGUGACGGUUACACACAGCGAUAACGAAGCAGCUGGCGAGGAUGAGGACGCGGCAGCCACUGAUAGCGAUGAGGAAGAGGAUGAUGAAGAAGAUGAUGAAGAUGAGGAAGAUGAUGAGGAGGAGGAGGAGGAAGAUGAUGAGGAGGAGGAGGAGGAAGACGAAGAAGAGGCCUCCGAUGAGGGCGUGCGACGCGACGGUGACGCUGCUGAAGGCAAAGAAGCCGCCAAGUCGGAUAAAAAGGAGAAGGCCAAUGUGAAAAUGCUUAAUCAAAAGGAAGCUGCACAGGAAUUGGCGUUGACGCGCAUCUUCACCGACGAGGACUUCAAGCGCAUCAAUGCCGCCAAUUUGAAGAAGACGGUGACCAAUGCCAGGAAGCGACCGCUGGAACAGGAUCGUGCCGAAUUCGUGAAACUGAGCAACAUUGAGAUGAUCUACAAGAAGCGCAAACACGACAAGGAGUCGCGCCUGGAGACGGUGAUGGCGGGCCGCAAGGAUCGCGAUCGUUUCGGCUGGAAAGAUGGACGCGUCAACGAGAACUCCUCGAAGACCAACAAGGAGAAGAGCAAGACGAAAAACUUUGGCAUGAUGCGGCACAAGGCGCGCUCCAAGGUAAAGAAAAGUUUCCGCGACAAGCAGAUGGCGAUGCGCAAACAUCUGCUCCAACAGAAGAAGAUGAAAUAAAUCCAAGGAUCCAAUACAUUUUAUUUCAUUUAUAUAUAUAUGUAUAUAUGUUAAGACAAGUGGGGAUUUUUAUUUGCUAAUGUUAUGCAUAAUAAAUAUAAUCGCUUGGGCCAC